UUCACCCAAAAGAACAAAGGCCGGAAAGGAAAGAAAAGUGGGUGGCGUCACUCGUCAGCGACCUGCAAUGGUUUUUGGUCUUGUCAUAGACUCAUAGUUAGUAAAACAGGCUAAUGUCACAAAGUAAACUGUGUGUGUAUGUGUGAAAGAAAGAGAUUAAUGUUUACUCUCUUGCGUUGCGUGUCUGACUUGGGUUUUUCCGCUUACUCACUUCCAUAUUUCCUCCACCUCAUACGCAGUUCCAAAAUAUACCCAAAAGCUACACAGAAAGUGAAAGAAUGGCCAUGUUCAUCACUUUAGUCAAUCAUCAUUCUAAUCAAGUGUGAUUUAUUCACACAUGGUUGGUAGAGUUACCUGCUACUUGUGUUGGUGGUGGGAGACAGCAGGUACCCGAUGGAAUAGUUGAGAUCUGGUCAAGCUGGCUCGGACACCAGUGUCGUAGAAAAAAAUAUUUGCGAAUGAGUUGUUCUUAUUGUAUGGUUUGUUCUUUUACUUUAGUUGAUUUAGAAAGCAGUUGUUCUCAGAGUUGGUACCAUGGUAAUCUUUUGUUAAGAAUGUUGUUAAACUUUGUUUGGGAUUAAGACUUAGUUGUUAUAGUUGUAGAUGCUUCUGAACUUCCAGCUCGACGUAUAUCUAUUUGAGCAGUAAAUUCGAGCAAUUUCCAAGAGCGGCUUUGACGGUCUCAGUAUUUUGCAGUUUUAGGUUGCUAAGACAGCUUUUUACAAUUUUUUGUUUAAUUUAGCUCUUGAUGGGAAGACUGAGAUUGAAAUAGGCUGAAGGUCAUAUUCAGAAGAUGGGUGGCAUUUGCUCUAGAAGAUUUGCCGCUGAGAGCACAACAGAUUGUGGCACUCCACAUAGUAAUGGUGCUGGAAUUGUUUAUCCGUCACAUAGAUUGCCCACACAACUAAAUAGUGAUCCUAUGCAAUCUCCGGCUGGGGAAAACACUGAUAACCAACUAAGUGAAUCGGCAUUAUCUUUUCCAGAGGUGAAUACGAUUUCCCGUGGGGCUCCUAUGGAUGAUAUUGAUGAUGGAAUUCCAAGAUUGUCCAGAGAUUUAUCUAAUAAAUCUAGAUCAACAAGGUCAAAGCAAGUUGCAAUUGCAAAGGUUUCGGAAGUGAGUUCACUGUUGGGGAGAGCUGGUACAGCGGGGCUCGGUAAAGCAGUUGAUGUGUUGGACACACUGGGUAGCAGCAUGACAAAUUUAAAUCUAAGUAGAGGUUUUGCGUCAAGCAUGGCAACAAAGGGAAUUACAAUUUCAAUUUUGGCAUUUGAAGUUGCAAACACCAUUGUCAAGGGGGCCAAUCUUAUGCAUUCCCUUUCACAAGAGAAUAUUAAGCAUUUGAAGGAGGUGGUUCUUCCUUCAGAAGGUGUGCAGCUAUUGGUAUCAAACGAUAUGGAUGAACUCUUGAGAAUUGCUGCAGCAGACAAGAGGGAUGAACUGAAAAUAUUCUCUGGUGAAGUGGUUCGUUUUGGAAAUCGCUGCAAAGAUCCUCAAUGGCACAACUUGGACCGUUAUUUUGAAAAGUUGGAAUCUGAACUGACACCUCAUAAACAAUUGAAAGAAGAAGCAGAGGCUGUAAUGCAGGAGCUCAUGAUCGUGGGUCAGUAUACAGCUGAACUAUACCAUGAAUGUCAUGCAUUGGACAGAUUUGAACAAGAUUAUAGGCGUAAAGUUCAAGAAGACGAUACUUCAAAUGCUACUCAGAGAGGAGAUAGCCUUCCAAUUUUGAGGACAGAGUUGAAAAGUCAAAGGAAGCUUGUCAAAAGCUUGAAAAAGAAAUCCCUCUGGUUCAAGAUAUUGGAAGAGGUGACGGAGAAGCUAGUGGACGUUGUGCAUUUCCUUCAUUUGGAGAUCCAUGCUGCAUUUGGCUAUGCCGAUGGAGAUAGGCCUGUGAAAAACAACCACGAGAGGUUGGGAUCUGCUGGUCUUGCAUUGCAUUAUGCAAAUAUCAUCACUCAGAUUGAUAUACUUGUAACUCGAUCAGGGACAAUCCCCCCAAGUACAAGAGAUGCUCUAUACCAAGGGUUGCCACCACGCAUAAAGUCAGCAUUACGUUUCAAAUUACUGUCAUUCUCACUCAAGGAAGAGUUGACAGUCCUGCAAAUCAAAGGUGAAAUGGAGAAAACAUUGCAGUGGCUUGUACCCAUGGCAACCAAUACUACCAAGGCCCACCAUGGCUUCGGAUGGGUUGGAGAAUGGGCAAAUACAGGGUCCGAAAUAAACAGGAAACCUGCUAGCCAAGUUGAUCUUCUUCGAAUCGAGACACUGUAUCAUGCAGAUAAGGAGAAAACAGAAGGAUUUAUUCUUGAAUUAGUAGUGUGGCUCCAUUAUCUUGUCAGUCAGUCAAGAAUUGCUGCUAAUGGUGGAGUAAGAUCUCCAAUCCGUUCCCCUAAUCAAAGGUUGAUUCAGUUCUCUACCCACAAACCAAGCUCUCCAUCUUCCCCGUUAACGGUUGAAGACCAAGAAAUGCUUCGUGAUGUAAGCAAGAGAAAACUAACUCCAGGGAUUAGCAAGUCUCAAGAAUUUGAUACUGAAAAAACAAGGUUGAGCAAGUACCACAGGCUAAGUAAGAGCAGUAGCCAUUCACCUAUUAUAAGUGAAACCAGGAAAGACCCCUUUCCGUCUUCUGUUCCAGUGAUCGACUUUGACAUUGACCGGAUGAAAGCUUUGGAUGUCAUUGACAGAGUGGACACAAUUCGAGGUGCAUAACAGUACUACAUUCGACUGCAUUGCCAAAUCGGAUAUCAUGUGCAUAUGGCAAAACGAAAAUGGAGUAUCUUUUAACUGGACACCGGCUCUACUGUGAUGCUACAGCAGCCCUAAUGCAUCAACAAAUCAUCAUCAUCAUCAUCUUUCCUUGUAGUAUGACCUAUUUACGUUAGGGAAUCGGAUAUCUCUAACGCGUAGAGGAUCAGAGAUUUGUUGUAAUGCAAUAUUUCCAGUAAAUUCAGGGUGCUGCGGCGAGUGGAAAUGAUUUUUCUUCUAUUUUUUGUUUUCUUAGAGGAAAAAGGGGGGCUUCGGACCCGGAACAGCAUGGUGGGUAGGUGGGUGGGUGGGGAAGAACUAAGAAGGUAGAGUUGAGUCCUUUUUUUUUGGAGAGAAAUGUAUCUUAAAUUUCUAUUAUCUUAUGUACAGUGUUUUAAAUAAUUAAAAGUUUGUUA